AUGGCUGGGGCCUGGGGGGGCCGCGGGGCCUGGGGGCGCCUGGUGCUGCUGGGCCUGUGCGUCUGGACCGGAGCCAGGACAGCAGCACCGGGCCCCGUGAGGAACCUGGCCGUGUGUAAUCAGACCAGCAGCUCCAUCACUCUGCGCUGGGAGCCGCCCCUCGGCUCUGACCAGACCUACACCUACUGGGUCCGGUGGGCCGGAGAGGAUGGCGAGAACAAGACCAGGAACACGACAGACGUCACGUACAUGGCGCGGGGACUCGAACCCGGGUCCCGCUAUGCGUUUUCCGUGUGGGUGGAGGCAGGUGGAGCCCACAGCAGCGAGGAGACUCUCAGUGCCAGCACAGCCCCCAACCCCGUCAGGAACCUGACCGUGGAGAGUCAGACCACCAGCUCCAUCAGCCUGCGCUGGGAGCCGCCCCUCGGCCCCGACCGGAGCUACACCUACUGGGUGGAGUGGACGGGUGGCGGCGGUGACCGUGGGACCUGGAGCACAGCAGACACCAGUGUCACCGUGGACGGACUGGAACCCGGGUCCGCCUACGAGCUCGCCGUGUGGGUGGAGAACAGCAAUGUCAGCAGCUCCUGGACCAAUCUCAGCGCGGCCACAGCACCGGGCCCUGUGAGGAACCUGGCCGUGUGUAAUGAGACCAGCAGCUCCAUCACUCUGUGCUGGGAGCCGCCCCUCGGCUCUGACCAGACCUACACCUACUGGGUCCGGUGGGCCGGAGAGGAUGGCGAGAACAAGACCAGGAACACGACAGACGUCACGUACAUGGCGCGGGGACUCGAACCCGGGUCCCGCUAUGCGUUUUCCGUGUGGGUGGAGGCAGGUGGAGCCAGCAGCAGCGAGGAGACUCUCAGUGCCAGCACAGCCCCCAACCCCGUCCAGAACCUGACAUUGGUGAAUCAGACCACCAGCUCCAUCAGCCUGCGCUGGGAGCCGCCCCUCGGCCCCGACCGGAGCUACACCUACUGGGUGGAGUGGACGGGUGGCGGCGGUGACCGUGGGACCCGGAGCACAGCAGACACCAGUGUCACCGUGGACGGACUGGAACCCGGGUCCGCCUACGAGCUCGCCGUGUGGGUGGAGAACAGCAAUGUCAGCAGCUCCUGGACCAAUCUCAGCGCGGCCACAGCCCCCAACCCCGUCCAGAACCUGACGUUGGUGAAUCAGACCACCAGCUCCAUCAGCCUGAGCUGGGAGCCGCCCCUCGGCCCCGACCGGAGCUACACCUACUGGGUGGAGUGGACGGGUGGCGGCGGUGACCGUGGGACUCGGAGCACAGCAGACACCAGUGUCACCGUGGACGGACUGGAACCCGGGUCCGCCUACGAGCUCGCCGUGUGGGUGGAGAACAGCAAUGUCAGCAGCUCCCGGACCAAUCUCAGCGCGGCCACAGUCCCCAACGCAGUGACAGGUCUCCAGAUCUGGAACCAGACCACCAGCUCCGUCAGCCUGAGCUGGGCGGCUCCCCAGGGCCCUCCCUACACCUACUGGGUCUCCUGGGCCCUGGAGGGCGGGGCUGUCGCUGGGUCCCAGAGCACCCCGGAUACCGGGAUCACCGUGGACACAUUGGAAGCUGGGAGCCUGUACACCUUCACUGUGUGGGCCCGGAGGAACGGGCUCAACAGCAGCAGAGAGAUCCUCACGGGAGCCACAGCUCCCAAUGAGGUCACAGCUCUGAAGAAUACAACUCAGACCAACAACUCCAUCACCCUGCAGUGGGAGGCCCCUGCAGACCCCCGUGCUCAGUUCUACAUGUACUUUGUCCAGUGGGCGAGGGGGGUAGAUCCCCAGAAGGAGACAGACCCCCAAGGACACAAGGUCAACCAGAUAGCCAACACCAGUGAGACUUGGUAUGUGGUGAAGGCCCUGGAACCCGGGACUACAUACAACUUCAGCGUGUGGGCGAAGAGGAGUGGUGUAGCCGGUUCCACACAGAGCCUCAGAGCAUCCACAGCCCCGGACCCGGUCACCAUCACCUGCACCAGCACCUCUGGCGGCUACGGGCUCGUCCUGACCUGGACCUGCCCCCCGGGCGGCUACCAGGCCUUCGAGCUGCAGGUGGGCGGGCAGUGGAGCUCCCAGGACAGAGCCUCCUGCAGGACGGGCGUGAACGUGUCCGGCCUGCAGCCGGCUCAGUCAUACAACGUCACCGUCUGCACCCUCUGGGACGGGCUGCAGGCCCCAGCGGCCUCGGUGACCUGCCGCACGGCGAGCGCAGCUCCCAUGCCUCCUCCCCCUGGGGACACCGCCGGGGUCAUCGCCGGGGCCAUUGUGGGGGUCCUCCUGUUCCUCACCCUGGUGGGCCUGCUGGUCUUCUUCCUGAGGAGGUAUAAGGAGAGCCUGAAGGAGCCAGCACUCAGCUUCCGAAGGGAUAUCCCUGCAGCCGACUUCGCUGACCACGUCCGCAGAAACGAGAAGGACAGCAACUGUGGCUUCGCUGAGGAGUACCAGCGCCUGGCCCUGGAGAGCCACGGCCAGUCCCAGACGGUGGCCCUGGCCCCGGAAAACAGCGCCAAGAACCGCUACCGGAACGUGCUGCCCUAUGACUGGUCCCGUGUGGCCCUUCGGUCCCUCGGCGGGGCCCCGGGCUCCGACUACAUCAACGCCAGCUUCAUGCCCGGUCUCUGGAGCUCCCGGGAGUUCAUUGCCACCCAGGGCCCCCUGCCCCAGACGGUGGGUGACUUCUGGCGCCUGGUGUGGGAGCAGCAGAGCCACACCCUGGUCAUGCUGACCAACUGCGUGGAGUUGGGCCGGGUGAAGUGUGAGCAUUACUGGCCCCUGGAUGACCAGCCCUGCAUCCACGGGCACCUGCAGGUGACCCUGGAGGGGGAGAAGGUGAUGGAGAACUGGACAAUCCGAGACCUGAAGCUGCGACACAUGCAGGAGAAGAAGACCCUGUCUGUGCGACAGUUCCACUACAUGGCCUGGCCGGACCACGGCGUGCCCCACUCCCCGGACCCCUUGCUGGCCUUCUGGAAGGUGCUCAGGCAGUGGCUGGACAACACCCCCGGGGGAGGCCCCCCCAUCGUGCACUGCAGCGCCGGCGUGGGCCGCACGGGCACCCUCAUCGCCCUGGACGUCCUGCUGCGGCAGCUGGAGUGCGAGGGCCUGGUGGGGCCCUACAGCUUCGUGAAGAAGAUGCGGGAGAGCCGGCCCCUGAUGGUGCAGACCGAGGCCCAGUACGUCUUCCUGCACCAGUGCCUCCUGCGGUCUCUGCAGCAGUCGGCCCGGCCCCCAGCCAAGAAGCACAGCGCCAUCUACGAGAACCUGCUCUUCGAGAACGAUUCCGCCCUCGACGUGUAG